AUGCCGCGCGCGCGUCCCGCCGGCUGCUGUCCGUGUCCGCAGCGCAGCACAGUGCGCGAGAAGAAGUACACGCAGGACCAUGAAUGGGUCGAGGUCUCGGCGGAUAAGAAGUCUUUCACGCUCGGAAUCUCGCACUACGCCGCCUCCGCGCUCGGCGACGUCGUCUAUGUGGAGCUGCCGCAAACCGACACCAGCUACGGCGCGCACGACGCGAUCGGAGCGGUCGAGAGCGUCAAGUCCGCCAGCGACAUCAUGACGCCGCUGGCGGGCACCGUCGUGGCCGUGAACACCGGGCUCGAGGCGGCGCCCUCGACAAUCAACAAGGACCCCGAGGGCGAGGGCUGGAUCGCCAAGAUUGAUCUUGAGGACCCUACUGCGCUGGAGGGGGAGGGCUUGCUUAGUAAGGAGGAGUAUCGGAAGUUGACGGAGGAGUAG